AUGACUAGUUACGUUGGUGUUCUCGUCUCUGACCCAUGGCUACAAAACCAAUUCACACAAGUGGAAUUACGCAACCUUAAAUCCAAGUUUGUUUCGACAAAAACUCGUUCUGGCCGUGUUACUGUGAAAGAUUUGCCCCGAGUUCUAGCAAACUUGAAAGAUUUCAAUUUUACUUUUGUUGAAAAUGAGAUCAAAACUAUAUUGGAUGAGUCUUAUCCCAAUAGUCAUGAGGAAGUUGAAUUCGAAACCUUUCUCCGGGCCUUUUUAAGUGUGCAAUCCCGAGGAGGAGGAGGUUUGAAAGAUUCUACAUCGUUUCUUAAGACAAGUACAACAACAUUUCACCACAGGAUCAAUGAGUCCGAGAAAGCUUCCUAUAUCUCCCAUAUAAAUAAUUAUUUGAGAGAAGACCCUCUCUGGAACAGCUAUAUUCCAAUCAAUCCUGCUAGUGAUGCCUUGUUUGAUAUUGUUAAAGAUGGUGUUCUUUUGUGUAAGCUUAUAAAUGUAGCAGUGCCUGGCACGAUAGAUGAAAGAGCGAUCAAUAUGAAGAAAGAGCUUAAUCCAUGGGAGAGAACUGAGAACAUUUUACUUUGUCUCAACUCUGCAAAGGCAAUUGGCUGCACCGUUGUUAACAUUGGAAGUCAGGACAUUGCUGAAGGAACACCGCAUCUCGUGCUUGGGUUGAUAUUUCAGAUUAUAAAGAUACAGUUGUUGUCUGGUCUCAAUCUUAAGAAAACUCCAGAACUUGUUGAGUUGGUUGAAGAAAAUCAGGAUGUGGAGGAGCUUGUGGGACUAGCUCCUGAAAAGCUUUUGCUAAAAUGGAUGAAUUUUCAUCUUAAGAAAGCUGGUUACGAGAAACAAGUCACAAACUUCUCUUCUGAUAUUAAGGAUGGAGAGGCAUAUGCAUAUUUGCUAAAUGCUCUUGUCCCUGAACACAGUACACAUGUGGCGUUAGAGACUAAAGACCCUUCUAAGAGAGCAAAGAAAGUCCUUGAACAAGCGGAGAAGCUAGACUGUAAAAGAUACAUUUCUCCUGAAGAUAUAGUUGAAGGCUCUACAAAUCUUAAUCUUGCGUUUGUGGCGCAACUGUUUCAGCACAGGAAUGGAUUGUCUGAAGAGAGUUCGAAGACACCUGUCUCUUUUACUGAGAUGAUCACAGAAGAUGAAGAAACUUCUCAAGAAGAAAGAUGUUUUCGCCUCUGGAUUAACAGUCUUGGUGCUGCUACUUACAUUGACAAUAUUUUUGAGGAUGUUAGAAACGGAUGGGUCCUUCUUGAAGUUCUUGACAAAGUAUCACCAGGCUCGGUUAACUGGAAUGACGCGAAUAAACCUCCGAUCAAAAUGCUAUUCAAAAAGGUUGAGAAUUGCAACCAAGUUAUCAAGAUUGGUAAAGAACUGCGUCUUUCGCUUGUCAAUAUAGCUGGUAAUGAUAUUGUGCAAGGAAAUAAGAAGCUCAUUUUAGCUUUCUUGUGGCAGUUGAUGAGAUACACAAUGCUCCAAAUUCUGAAGAACUUGAAAUCUCACUGGCAAGGUAAAGAAAUUACAGAAACAGAUAUUUUAAACUGGGCAAACAGGAGAGUCAAAAAAAUGGGUCGAACCACUCAAGCUAUGAGCUUCAAGGACAAGAAUCUGUCAAGUGGAAUCUUCUUUUUGGAGCUUUUGAGUGCUGUUGAGCCAAGAGUUGUAGACUGGGGCCUUGUAACUAAAGGAGAAACAGCAGAAGAGGAAAAGAAGAUGAACGCAACAUACAUCAUAAGUGUUGCUAGGAAGCUCGGAUGCUCAAUUUUUCUGUUGCCUGAAGAUAUAACAGAGGUGGACCAGAAAAUGAUGCUUAUAUUGGCUGCUAGCAUCAUGAACUGGAGCCUCCAGCAACAAUCCGACACUGAGUCGUGUGUCUCUGAUGACGUAAGCUCUCUGACAGAAGAGAUCUCCAGUUUGUCUACAGACGAUGGCUCUUCAGAUGCCCAAAAUGACGAAGACAUAAAAUAA